AUGAAGCUCUCUGCUACGGUUAUUUCAUCCGUAGCUUCUCAAGCAGCGCUCAAUAGGAACCCAAAUGGACAGGAAGAUAUCGUCUACACGCCUUUGCAGGCAGAGCUUUUCGAAUUGAACGGUUUGGGCUCAAUUCCUGACAUCUUGAUCAGAGACGGAAACGAAUCAGAUGAGCUUACACCAAAGGAGCUUGAGAAACAAUUCGGUUCUAACUUUCGCGAUGAAUUGGACAGGCGUAAAGAGAAGAUGGAGAAAAAUGGGGGUACCAAGGGAUUCAUGAACGGCGAAACGAUCGACGGAACCUUCGGCGGAACGUGGCGAAUUAUCCGCGAUAUUAAUGGAAUAUGGCAUGUGCCAAUGUUUUACGGUGAUGGCCAGGCUUGGGUCGACAAGUCAAGAAAUAUCCCUUUUUGGGGAGAUCAAGCAAAUGUUGUCAUGUCCGGAAAAGCGAUGAUUGCGAAAAUCCAACAAGAAUUUGAGCGCGCGUCUUGCCUUACUGUCGAUGUUUUUGAAGAGGAAGCGGCAGUUCUUGCCUUUUUCGCCAGUCUUGACACUGAUCCAAAUUACGACACUAGCAACGGCGGCUUCAUCCAUCCUCUCUACGCUGAUCCAUCGACCCGAAACAACAUGUCUCGUCUCCAAGCCUUAAAUUCUAGCGGUUGUUGGUCAUAUGUUGGCCGCGUCUUCCAGAACAACCAGCCAAUUUCCUUCAUCGACGAGUGGUGCGCCGGUAGUGUCGAAGCUGGCCUCCACGAAACGAUGCACGCGUUAGGUUUCCACCACGAACAGUCCCGAUAUGAUCGAGACUCGAGAAUUUGGAUAGAUAACAAUGUUUGCCCGAACGCGAGUCUUUUCAGCGCCUUGAGUUAUAAAGUCCCUCGUAGCCAAUGGCCAGACAUGCUUAACCAGUGGGGUCGAGAGUACGACUACACAAGUAUCAUGGAAUACGAAUCUUGGGUCUGCUCCGCGUCUGGCACUGGUCAUACGGUUGAUGGAUCGCUUGACUCUGCCGAUGGAAAGCAGUGGAAACGAUACGGAUUCACUACACACGGAGGAGACUAUAUUCCUUCCGAGAGCAAUCUCGACAAGCGAUUUGCCAUGUCCGACAUUGCCCAAAUUAACGAAAUUUACAAUUGCAACGAUCGAUCAAACGAUCAUUAUUUCAAAACAUACAUGCUCUAUUGUGACACAAAUCCAGACCUUGCUUAUCCUGUUGGCUGGCGAUGCGACGGAAGCUGUGACUGCCCAUCGAGUUGUUCCGAUGAGGCAAACUGCAACAUAGUCCAAAAAACUGGGACUGGCGGAACUCUUGGCGGCGGUGUCGGCUCUCUAGCGACUGGGGACUGGAUGAAUUUGGAUCAGUUGAAGGCUAUGUCAGUCGGCGUCCGUACUGAUCGAGACGGUACAGUAGGCUAUCCGUGCUCCAAAUUUGGCUAUCGAAUCGUUGACGACGGCUCUGGAAUCAAAUGCGAAUGUGCUCCGUGGGCAGGAAAUGGUUCUGAAUGGGGCUCGGACGUGGAUCUGUCUGUCGAAGGAAAUAACUGCGACCAAGUCCAUCCAGAUCAAUGUACUAAUUCUUGUUCCGGUAUCACUGACGCUAACUGCGUCCCUGACAUCACGAAAAACAACGGAGUCGAUUGCUGCGCCGAUACUGACACAGAAUACAAUAUCGUCAAUGGUGCUUGUGUAGAGAGGAAUCGAUGCGAAGAUGGAACACAUCAUUGCAUGUCCGAAGCGUAUGGCGGCGAGUGCACCUGGACGACUGACGUUGGAUACACUUGCAGUUGCCGACGAGGGUAUCUCGGACAAGGUUGCAGUUACCGAGCUUUUCAGGAGAACGAGGGAGGGUGUAAUAGCACCUGGGAAGAUAUUCUUAUCGGGGCGAAUGUUAACGAAUUCCCAUUUUACUCAACUUGUCGACUAAAUGACGACGUUUGCACUGAUACGAGUGAUCAAGGACAUGAUUGUGUCGCAACCGCUACUUGUACUAAAAUAGAAGAGCGAUAUUCCAAGGGGCUCACUGCCGGAACCUACACUUGUACGUGCCCAUCAGGAGAGACUGGCGAUGGAAAACUCUCAGGUACCGGUUGCUCUGGCGAUGUCUGUUUCAACGAUCCAAACUUGUGUCCAACAUUGGAUAACGAAGGAAAUACCAUCAGUACUUGCCGCGGCACUGGCGACGGAACUCAUGUUUGUGAAUGUCCGAGCGAUACUCAUACUGGUGAUGCAACUGAGAACGGCUCUUGCAUUAAGAAAGUCAACGAAUGUGAUCUUGGAACGCACGAUUGUGGAGCAAAUCAAAUCUGCACCGACCUCGAUGUUGCUUUCACUUGCGAUUGUUUCAUCAACUUCGAGACAUACGGUUUCUCAAAAACCGGCUCAUACGAAACUGGCGAUCUUGUCUGCACUGACGUGAAUGAGUGCGACACCCUCACCCAGCCUUGUGCUGUCAGAAACUCCGCCUGUACCAAUCAAGUUCCAACUGAGUGUGACGUGAGCCAAGAUUUAGGACAGUGCUCAAAUUUCGCGAGCUACUUUGACCCAGCUUAUGGAAGCAACUGCCCUAUCAACGCAUUUUGCAACACUCAUACCUGUGCCUGCGAUGCUGGCUUUGUUUCCUCUGACUUGGUGAUGUUCUUGAAUGAGGGUAGCGUGACAUUCACUGGUAUUGACUGCGACACUCCUGAAGCAUACAACAACUGCGCUGUAGCCGGCGAUGGAACUGGCUGCACUGAUCCAUUCUGCGACCACCAGUGCACAGAUGCCCCUUGCGUCGACACUGGAGAUCUUUCCUUCAAUUCCGAGCUCGAUGGAUACGCUAAAGGAUACAUUUGCGAUUGUGCAUCGAUUGGAAUGUACGGAGAUGGAAUUGGCGGUUGCACCCCUGCCACAUGCCCUGCCAAUUCGUCGCCUAUAGACUCAACUGAUACCGUCUUCCAUUCUAAUAGCUUCCCUGCUGUCGUCGAAGACUGGACCUGUACUUGUGAUGAGGGUUUCAUCCUUUCGAGCAGUGAUUCGGGAGAUGCAAAGGUAAACUACAGUUAUUUCUGA